AUGCCCCACAGCUCUGACAGCAGUGAUUCCAGCAGCUUCAGCCAGUCUCCCCCUCCCAGCAAGCAGGACUCUUCUGAUGACGUGAGGAAAGUCCAAAGGAGGGAGAAGAAUCGCAUUGCUGCCCAGAAGAGCCGCCUGAGGCAGACUCAGAAAGCAGACACACUGCACUUGGAGAGCGAAGACUUGGAGAGGCAGAACGCUGCCCUGCGCCGGGAGAUCAAGCAGCUGACAGAGGAGAUGAAGCACUUCACCUCGAUGCUGAGCUCCCAUGAACCCCUCUGCUCCAUCCUGACAUCUCCACCGCCUCCAGAAGUGCUUUACGCCACACACUCCUUUCACCAGCCCCACAUCAGCUCCCCACGCUUCCAGCACUGAGCUAGCCAGUAGGAUGGCAGCCUGCCAGCUCCACUGAUGGCAAGAGAUAACUUUCUGGGGCUCGCUUUUCCACCCAAG